GRGAGGAAAGGCAUGACCCUCCCUUGCGAGGGGGAGGAGGCAGCAGCUUUUCGCCCACGGGUCAGAGUUUUGUUUUGMUUCCUAGCAGAGCCCUCCCCCUGCYCUGGGCCCUGCCCGGAGCUGCAGCCAUGGCCCAGGCAAAGGCUAUGGCCGGGCUGAAGGAAGAGCUGACAUGUCCCAUCUGCCUGGACAUUUACCGGGAGCCCAUGUGCCUGAACUGCAGCCACAGCUUCUGCAGGGAGUGCAUCAAGCAGGCGCUGCGGUGCCAGCCGGACUCGCCCCAUUGCCCGCUCUGCCAUUCCUCCAUCGGGGAGCUGCUGCCCAACUUCCACCUCCGCAACAUCGUGCAGAAGUUUAUGGAGGCUCCUGCCCCCCAGGAGGAGGAAGAGCAGGAAGCGCAAUGCGAGGAGAAGGGGGAAGGCUCGGGCCAGCAAGAGGAGGUGAUCCUGUGUGAUUCCUGCCUCCAGGAGCCCCAGCCAGCAGUGAAGACGUGCCUGAGCUGCGAAGCCUCCUUGUGCCAAGCCCACCUGAGCAAGCACAACAGUAAGAGCGCCCAGAAGAACCACGUGUUGGUGGAGCCCUGCGAUGCUCAGGUUUUGGCUGAGAGGAGGUGCCCCAAGCACAACAAACUGCUGGAGUGCUUCUGUGAGAACGACKGGGAGUGCAUCUGCAUGCUGUGCUCCGUCCUCUCCCACAAGGACCACAGGAUCAUCGAUUUGGAGGAGGCUUUUGACGAAGCUCAGAAAUCUUUUCCUGGCACUCUGGAAACACUGAAAAACCAUGAAGAUGCACUGAAUCAAGUCCUAGCAAACCUGCUGAAACAAGAGGAGGGACUAAAGAGUGAGGAAAGUUUGCAGAGAGAACAGCUGGAGAACCUGUUCAGAGAGAUGUACCGGCAGCUAGAGAACAAAAAAAGAGAACUCCAGAAAAUUCUCAGUGACCACAAGGAGCAAGAACUUCAGCGGAUUGAGCUAGAGAGGAAGGAUCACAAAAAGGAGAAGGAUUCAGUCAGCUGUGAUGUUCAGGAGYUGGAGGCUCUGAGAARUCAGAAGGACACUCUUCUUUUCACCAAGGCUUUUGCAGCAAUUAAAGCCAGGCCACACAAGCCACUUCCUCGAAUGGAUGGUGUGAUGGUUUCAAAGCCACCCAUUACUUUGGAUAAAUCAACAACAGAUGCUGUUCUGAAGCACUUCCAGCAAUUCCUCCCAAUCAUGAUGUCCUGCUUUCAGCCAARGCCGCCACCAUCAACUUCACAGACACCACCCAGGCCGCCACCAUCAACUUCACAGACACCACCCACUUUCUUUUCACCAUUUUCGUUUUCCAGCACAGCUAGUGCUUCUGGCCCAUAUCAAAAUGUUAGCGGUGGAUUUUCCUUUGGAUCUUCUUCUAGUUCAUUUGGAUCUUCUCCUAAUUUAUUUGGAUCUUCUCCUAGUUCAUUUGGCCGAAGACGUCAACARCCAAAGCAACGCUCUCACUGGUAAAUGAUGUGUCUAUCAAGACUGGAGAUCCUGCUAAGAAGAAUUUCAGGCUUUUAGARACAGGAACCAUCCUUUUGAAGUAUCCCAUCCAAGCUGCCAUCAGCAUGUUGAAGCUCCUGUAAUGACGUGGGGACAAAGUGUUAUUUUGAGUUUUCAGGCCUGGGAAUUAUGAGCCUUGCACGGAGGUUGUUCURAGCUGGCAAAUCAGUAAUUCGAUUGUGGGCUGCUGGGACAGGGGAUAUAUCACAGCACCCUGUCUCUUAUUGUAAGAGCUCCUCUUUUAUUUGUUCUGUUAAUCAUAAUGGAAAUACCAUUAAAUUGUUCAUUUUCGCUCA